AUGGCGUCCCUCAGAGCCCAGACGGCAGCCCGAAUGCUGCGGACCUCAACCACCGUGACGAGCCGACCAGCCCUGGCGACCGCAACCACGCAGCGACGCUUCAAAACCGACGACACGAACAGCACGACCUCGCUCACCCAAACCAAGCCCGCUCCCCCGGAGGUCAGACCUGCCAAUUCGCCCGACUACGGCGUCCACAUCGACAAGGCCACAUCGACGUUUACCCCCGUGCCGAAGCGAAUAAUGGACGGCAGCGAAGACGUUGACGUGCUCCCCGCAGCCGUGCUGUCAGGCGCCCCGAUGGAGCUUCAAGCCAGAACUGUCCGAAUCUACCAGCCCUCCAAGCCCGCCACCCAGUCCGGCAACUGGGGAAGCCACCACUGGCGCAUGGACUGGGAUGUUCUGGCCAAGGGACAUCGAUGGGAGAACCCCUUGAUGGGAUGGCAGUCGUCUGGCGAUUUCAUGCAGGGCACCAAGAUCAACUUUGCGACCAAAGAAGAUGCCAUUGCAUUUGCUGAGAAGCAGGGCUACGAAUACUUUGUCCAGGAGCCGAAAGUGCGGGCUUUCACACCCAAGGCUUAUGCCAACAACUUCUUGUACUCACCCAAGAAACUGAAGCAUGUUCGAACCAAGUAA